AUGAAGGCCGCAAUUUUCACUCUCGCCGGCCUCGCGACAGUCGCGAGCGCCCAGUCUGGCUGCGCUGUCAACUGCUUCACAUCGGUCGUGACGGAGCACCCGCCGCUGGAAUGCAAGGAGGCGAACAUGUACCUUUGCUUCUGCAAAGGACAGGAUCUCCAGAACUACUUUGCUGAGUGCGCAUACUCCAAGUGCGAGAGCGAGGCAGAAGGCGCCAUCAACUUUGGUGUCAGCCUUUGCAAAGAUAUGGGAAUUGUCAUUGCUCCGCCGAAGCGCCCCUCGUCCUCGUCUGCUGCUCAGCAGCCCUCUGCGCAGAGCAGCACCCCUGUUGCUGCCACAUCCACCCCCGCAUCCGGUGCGCCGGAGACCACGCUCGUCACCACUGCUGCGCCGUCUAAGUCUACCUCAGCCGAGAGCCACGCCACCAGCUCCCACGCGGCCGAGUCUACCGCCGCGGUGUCAUCGUCGACUAAGCAGAGCUCAGCGCCCACUAACGGGACCUCGACGCAGCCAACCCCUACAAGUGUCGUGGUUAACAAGGCUAUGAGCCUGAACACCGUUCCGGGUGCUCUGGUGAUUGCCGGUCUCGGCGCCGUCGCAUUCCAGAUGCUCUAA